AUGGACUGGACGGUGACGAGUCGGACCCGGCUGUGGUGCAUUUUGGUGUUGCUUUGCUGCGCUGGUCUCCCACAAAAGGGCUUUUGCAGUGCCAGCACAGUUUCCCUCCCUGAAAGUCUUCUCUUUGUGUCCACCUUGGAUGGAAACCUGCACGCUGUCAGCAAGAAGUCCGGCUCAAUCAAAUGGACUCUGAAAGAAGAUCCAGUUCUUCAGGUCCCCACACAUGUUGCAGAACCGGCUUUUCUGCCCGAUCCCAACGAUGGCAGUCUCUACUCUCUGGGAGGGAAGAACAAAGAAGGCCUCACAAAAUUACCCUUCACUAUCCCCGAGUUGGUCCAAGCUUCUCCCUGUCGCAGCUCUGAUGGAGUCCUUUACACCGGUAAGAAGCAGGACUCGUGGUACGUGGUGGACCUGUUGACCGGGGAGAAACAACAGACCCUGACUUCCUCCUUUGCUGAGAUGCUGUGUCCCUCUUCCUCUCUGCUCUACCUGGGGCGCACAGAGUAUACCAUCACCAUGUACGACACAAAGAGCAGAGAGUUGCGCUGGAAUGCCACCUACUCUGACUACGCCUCCACCCUCCCCGACGAUGACACCAAAUACAAGAUGGCUCACUUCGUGUCCAACGGCGACGGCCUGGUGGUGACUGUGGACAGCGAAACGGGAGACGUUCAGUGGGUGCAGAACUACAACUCUCCCGUGGUGGCCAUGUACAUCUGGCAGCGCGAGGGCCUCCGCAAAGUUGCGCACACCAACGUGGCCGUGGAAACCCUGCGCUAUCUCACUUUCAUGUCUGGAGAGGUUGGCCGCAUCACGCAGUGGAAAUACCUUCCAAAAGAGAAGAAGCCCAAGAAUAAAUUCAUGGCCACUCUGUAUGUGGGGAAGUACUCCACCAGUCUGUACGCCUCUCCCUCGCUGGUGCACGAUGGAGUCACGGUGGUGCCUCGUGGCAGCACCUUCCCCAUGCUGGAGGGUCCUGACAGCCAGGAGUCAGAGGAGGACAAGGAGUGUGUCAUCACGCCCAGCACAAGUGUCAAGUUUAACGCUGCCCUGCGAGAGAGGAACCGCAUCAACUUCAUGAGGAACUACCUGCUCCUCAUAGGUCAUCAUGAGACGCCCCCUGAAGCUCACAUCAAGAUCCUGGAGAAGUUUCCUGACAGCUUCCCUCGCAAUCAAGGCAACGUCAUCCCACCAACCACCGAUAAGAAAGUCGAGGAGAAGGUGAAUGAUAGCGGUAUGGAUGAUGGCCCCCCUUCUCCUCUGCCUGAAACAUCUAUCGAGGAACCUGGGACCGGUGGUCGACCUUUGCGCCCGGUGGCGCCGGUGGACUCUAUGCUCAAAGACAUGGCCACCAUCAUCUUCUCCACUUUCCUGCUGGCUGGCUGGGUGGCCUUUGUGAUAACCUACCCCAAAAGUGUUCACAAGCAGCAGCAGCUGCAGCACCAGGAGUUCCAGAGACAGAUGGAGGAGAGGCUGGAGCUGCUGCAGAGACAGCAGCCGUUCCCCCCUUCAGACCUCGGCCUCGGCUUGGCCCCUGACAGCGACUACCUGGAGGUGGCCCGUACUCGCUCAGAGUGCUCUGAUCACAGCAGCCCCAAUGUCACCCCUCGCGCCUCCAACCACUCCAACCUGUCGGUGUCUGAGCUGGGAAGCUCUGCAAAUGAGCACGAAGAUGGAGAGGAGGACUCCGGUAUAGUCAGAGUGGGCAACAUCACGUUUCGUCCCAAAGAGGUCUUGGGUCAUGGGGCUGAGGGCACCAUCGUGUACAAGGGGCAGUUUGACAACCGUCCAGUGGCCGUGAAGAGGAUCCUCCCAGAGUGCUUCAGCUUUGCAGACCGGGAAGUUCAGCUGCUGAGGGAGUCAGACGAACACCCGAACGUCAUCCGCUACUUCUGCACGGAGAGGGACCGGCAGUUCCAGUACAUCGCCAUUGAGCUGUGUGCGGCCUCGCUUCAGGAGUAUGUGGAGAGGAAGGAUUUUGACCGUCAUGGACUAGAGCCAGUUAUGCUUCUUCAGCAGACCAUGUCAGGACUGGCCCACCUGCAUUCUCUCAACAUUGUCCACAGAGACCUGAAACCUCACAACAUCCUGGUGUCCAUGCCCAACGCCCACGGUCGGGUCCGGGCUAUGAUCUCAGACUUCGGCCUGUGUAAGAAGCUGGCGGUGGGUCGUCACAGUUUCAGCAGACGGUCCGGCGUGCCGGGCACAGAAGGCUGGAUCGCCCCCGAAGUUCUCAGUGAGGACUGCAAAGACAACCCGACGUGCGCCGUCGACGUCUUCUCUGCUGGUUGUGUGUUCUACUACGUGGUGUCUCAGGGAAGCCACCCGUACGGCAAGUCUUUACAGAGACAAGCAAACAUCUUACUGGGCUCACACAACCUGGACCAUCUGCAGACUGACAAACACGGGGACAUUGUAGCCAAAGAUCUCAUAGAGCAGAUGUUGAGCAUGGAGCCACAGAGGAGACCUGCAGCUGAGAGCGUUCUCAAACACCCUUUCUUCUGGAGCCUGGAGAAGGAGCUGCAGUUCUUUCAGGAUGUGAGUGACAGAAUAGAAAAGGAGCCGCUGGACGGACCAAUCGUGAGACAGCUGGAGAGAGGAGGGAGGGCUGUUGUGAAGAGUGACUGGAGGGAGCAUAUCACAGUGCCACUGCAGACAGAUCUGCGGAAGUUCCGUUCCUAUAAAGGUGGAUCGGUCAGAGACCUGAUGCGUGCAAUGAGAAACAAGAAACACCAUUACAGAGAGUUGCCUGCAGAGGUACAAGAGACUCUGGGCUCCAUCCCUGAUGACUUUGUCUCUUACUUCACCUCCCGAUUCCCCCACCUGCUCAUGCACACCUACCUGGCCAUGCGGACAUGUGCAUCAGAGAGGCCGUUCCUGCCUUACUACUCCACUGCUGAGCAGAAUGCAAAAACACAAGCCGAAUACACACACCUCAGACCACAGAGACAAAAUGAGCCGUGCACUCAACACCUGCCAACACACACAUCAUCAAACGCCUCACAACCACAGGAACCUGCACAUUCUCUACAGCAGGUGCAGGUCGAUCACACGGUAACAAAUGGACCAUCGCCCUCUUCAUUACCAGAUGAGCCGGUAUCUUCAGAUUUAGCAGUUCAGACAGUGCAGCCAGCAGAGUUAACACUUUCCACACACGUGGACUCACACAGUCAAACGGUGAAUCUCACAUCUGCCUCAGAAUCAGCUACAGAUCCUCUCAGGCAGUCUGAGUUGCACACACUGCCAGAUCCUUCCUCACCGGACACACAACCAGUGUGAACUGGACCAGAGUCAGGUGGACCCAGCACAGACGGGAGCAUUGCCAGUAAGGGUGGACAUCAAAUGGGGCCAAGCUGCUGCACUUGAAGCUGGUGAGGACCGGGCCUGCAGUGCCUGGGAUCCACUGCCGGGUGGGAGCAGCUGCACCCUCUUUUAAGUGCCUUCUGCUCACCUGGGCGAUAAAUGUUCCCACGACACAACCGUCCACAAGUUCUGCUUCUGCCUCGGGAAGUCUGAAAAACCAACAGGGUGUUGUUGGAUAUCAUAUUGUAGCAGGACGGAGAAAAGAGAAUUUUUUGUAUUUUAUAACAGCAUGUCCAAAAAAGUGUUUGUCCCUAAAAUAUUUGGCCUCUAAUGUGGGAAACAUGUCUGGAUGUUGUUGGGUAGUUUUAUUGUGCAAUGUUGUAUUUCUCAGUGAGCCUGUUCACUGUGCAGAUGCUGUAUGUAUAUUUUUGUACAGACUGAUUCACAAUUUGGAUCUGCGAUGUUAAAUCCAUUAAUACGGCCGAUGUGCCUUCUUUCUUUUUCUUUUUUAAACAUCACUGUGCUGCAUGGGUACAGAUCUUUAAGAAUGACUAUGCUAAAUGUGCUUGAUUCCAGUUAAUGCUGCUAGAUUGCUUCGCUUGUGUCAAUCAGGAUUAUUGUGCUGACUCGGUAAGAGCGGACGGUUCCAAAGGGUGUUCACUGUGACACCUGAAUACAGAAGUUUUCUUAUGAUCAUGUGAUUAUGUGGUCUGAUUACAAACUUGCAGGUCGGCUGCAGAACGUUUAUGUACAAAGACUUUUUUAAGAGCGUUUACAUGAAGUUAAUAACUUGCACAUUAAAAUCUUUUUUUUUUAUUCCUACA